CCUCCCGCCGGCUGCGUGGGAAGCGCGCAUUGGAGCAGCGCUCUCCGCCCUUCCCGGCUCGGUGGGGAGAGAGAGGCGAGCCGGGCGGAGGCAACCUCUUCUCCUCCCGCCGCUCCUUAUCAAGCCCAAGAGAAGGCGGAGCCCCGGAAGGUUGCUUUGCAACGACCAGCCCCGGGCUCCUUCCCUUUGCAGAAGUUGCAAGAGAAGCAGCAAGCCCUUGCAGCCGCCCCUCGGCCGCCGAAGAGAGAAACCCUCCAGAUCCAAGUGCUGUCAUUGGGGAGCCUCAUCUCGCGCCUCGCUUUCCGACCGGAUCAGUGCACAAUGUCUAAAAAAAUCCAUGGCGGGCCCGUUGUGGAGAUGCAGGGGGAUGAAAUGACUCGUGUUAUAUGGGACCUGAUUAAGGAGAAACUCAUCUUCCCCUACGUGAAUCUGGAACUCCACAGCUAUGACUUGGGCAUCGAGAACCGGGACGCAACAGAUGACAAAGUCACCGUAGAAGCCGCCGAAGCCAUCCGGAAGUACAAUGUAGGUGUCAAAUGUGCCACGAUCACUCCCGACGAGAAGAGGGUAGAAGAAUUCAAGCUGAAGCAGAUGUGGAAGUCUCCCAACGGGACCAUCAGAAACAUUCUGGGUGGCACAGUAUUCCGGGAAGCCAUCAUCUGCAAAAAUAUCCCCCGGCUGGUAUCUGGAUGGGUGAAACCCAUCAUCAUUGGCCGUCAUGCGUUUGGAGACCAAUACAGAGCCACAGAUUUUGUCGUCCCUGGCCCCGGAAAGGUAGAGAUGACCUACACACCAAAAGAUGGAGGAAAACCUUUAACUUACAUGAUACAUAACUUUGAAAAAUGUGGAGGCGUGGCACUGGGGAUGUUCAACCUUGACCAGUCCAUCAAGGAUUUUGCUCACAGUUCCUUCCAGAUGGCGCUGUCUAAAGGCUGGCCUCUGUACAUGAGCACCAAAAACACCAUUUUGAAGAAGUACGACGGCCGGUUUAAAGACAUCUUCCAGGAGAUCUAUGAAAAGGAGUACAAGCCAAAGUUUGAAGCCAAAAACAUCUGGUACGAGCAUCGGCUCAUAGACGACAUGGUGGCCCAAGCACUGAAAUCCGAGGGAGGGUUUAUCUGGGCCUGCAAGAACUACGAUGGAGAUGUGCAGUCUGACUCGGUUGCACAAGGUUACGGCUCUCUGGGGAUGAUGACCAGCGUCCUGAUAUGUCCAGAUGGCAAAACAGUGGAAGCUGAAGCUGCACACGGGACUGUGACCCGCCACUAUCGCUUGCAUCAGAAAGGCCAAGAAACUUCCACCAACCCUAUUGCCUCUAUCUUUGCCUGGACCAGAGGUCUCUCUCACAGAGCUAAGUUGGAUAACAAUGCCGAGCUCCAGAACUUCGCCAUCGCCCUGGAGGAAGUCUGCGUAGAGACCAUUGAGGCUGGCUUCAUGACGAAAGACCUGGCUGCUUGCAUUAAAGGGCUACCAAAAGUGCAGCGCUCAGACUACUUGAACACAUUUGACUUCCUGGACAAACUUGCCGAAAACCUCAAGGCAAAGCUGUCCUCUCAGCCGAGACUUUAAAGAGCCAGUCUCAACAGCUGCUCGAAAAUGAAUGUUACCUGUUGGAUGAAUGAACAAGUCCCUCUGUCAUGUGGCGUAACGCUGUACAGUCUGAGGAGAAAUCAAGCUGGAAAUAAAAACGUAUCUGUACUGUUUCACAAUUAGGCUCCCAAGUGAUUUUUUUUUUUUUAAGGCUAAUGGAGAAACCACAACUGCCUCCCUGACAAAUACAGGUGUUUGCCCACCUGGCAGUCAUGCUCUUCCCUCCCUUCUCUGGAUUCUCCAGCAAAGCUUGUUGAGUUUUUUAUUUUUAUUUUUUUAAAGUUGCAGAUUCCUGCACUGUUCACUGUCUCCCGAUUACCCACUGAUGGACCACUUUAGCAAUGGAAACAAUGCCUUUCUCAUACCUUCUAGUGAGUUUUGCAAACAGAAUCAAAUUUGACUACAGGUUUGUGUGGGCGUAUUUAGAAGCAUCUGGAAAUAUAAGAGCCAGUCCUUUUCUUUCAUCACGUCUUUUUCCUGAGCUGAAGUACAAGGGAUUUUCCUUUUCAGCUGAACGUCAGUUGAGGCACAGUUGCUGAAAUCCAUUUCUCAGUUGCCAUCUGAACAAGGAUAUCGAUUUCAAAAUAAAUUACUAAUACCCA